AUGGCCGAAUUCGCUGCUGUUGGUGUCGCAGCUAGUAUUCUACAGAUCAUCGACUUCGGUAUUCGCUUUGUUGUUACCGCCUGGCAGGUCAGUCAAUCCGAGCAAGCUUUCCUUACAGGUCUCGAAGAGCUGCAAAACAGCUCGGAACGCUUUCGACAUGCCCAAAAUACCCUCCAGAGCACCAGUCCGGGGUCGAAUACAGCGGUCAACUCGCUAGUACAGAAAAGUGUUACGAUUUCGAAGGAAAUGACCGACACACUCGACAAGAUACGCCGAGGACGUAACAGUUUGAGGAAAGCAUGGUCAACACUUUGGAAAGAAGAAGAACUUAAGACCCUCGAAGCGAAGUUGAGAGGAGUGCAAUCAGACCUGGCUUUCUACAUGACUAUUGACCUCAGCGGUAGAUCAGCGAUCAGAGAAAGCGCAGAAAAGCAAGACCAGAUAUUGAGAGAGCUUCGCGAUGCGAAAUCAUCCAAUGGGAAGUCUGGCCCGCAAGAUUCAGGAGAGGAAGCGGCAGGCUUGGAUAACUCAAGAUUGGGUUAUGGCGGUACCGUAGUCAAGCAUUUGACCGAUGACCUCCAACUCCACGACGAGAUCAAUUCAGAGCUCAUUAGUAAUCUGAUUGCAAACAUAUACGGCCCAGAAGAAAAGGUCUUGAGUCUCUCUGAUGUUUCGCACAUACAGCUAUCGGACGAAAGAAAGACUAAGCUAGUACAGCUAUUUAUCUCCAGGCUCUGCUACGAUACCAUGCAAGAGAGGGAGUUAUCCAUCAAAGACGCCCAUGAAGGUACCUUCCAUUGGAUAUUCGAGGAAAACGAUAGAACAGGUUUCAGAGACUGGCUGGUGUCCAAUGAACCACUUUAUUGGAUCACGGGAAAGCCAGGCUCAGGGAAGUCCACUCUGAUGAGAUAUCUUCUUCAACCUGUCAUUAAAAGCGACGAUGGCGAUGAAACAUCAGUCGUAGCAUCUUCGAGCCCAGAAAACAUAGCAGACUCUCAAGGCAGAUGUGCGACAUAUCUCAAACAGUGGGCUGGAACUGAGAAUGAGCUCACAGUUGUCUCUUUUCAUUUCUGGGCUGUUGGAUCAGACCUCCAACGUUCACAGGAGGGCCUUUUUAGGACUCUGCUUGUGCAACUUCUUCGUGCUCACCCAGAAGUUAUUCCUAUCGUUGCCCCAUUGCGGUGGGAGUCUCUAUGUCUAUUCAACAUCGAUCCACGAAACCUCAGCCGGAUUGAUCUGGAGAACAUGUUCAAAAAAGCAGUCGUUCAAAUCAGUACUCGUGCAAAGCUUGCCAUGUUCAUAGAUGGCUUAGACGAAUUCGAGGGCGAUUGUCAUGCUCUUAUAUCACUUGUACAGGGCUGCGUUAAUUCGCCCAUCAAAGUCUGCGUCUCUAGUCGCCCUUGGACUGAGUUCGAGGGUGCCUUUGGGGACUGUCCUAUGCUUGGAAUGCAGGACUUGACUCAUCAGGACAUCUCCAGCUAUGUCUCUUCCAAGUUUGAGGCAGACCUUCAAUUCAAAAGCCUGCAGCGAAGGCAACAUCGUGUUGCUACUGAGCUCCGUGAAACUAUCGUGGAGAAGUCAAGCGGAGUAUUCCUGUGGGUAACCAUUGUUGUGACCUCCCUCCUAGCAGGGAUACAAGCAGGCGACCGUGCGGAAGACCUACAGGAGAGACUCGCUCAGCUUCCAGAGGAAAUAGAAGAUCUUUAUGCGAGGAUACUCGAGAGUGUCGAUUCGAGAUACCACGAGCAUACCGCGCAGCUACUCCAGCUGAUGUCGGCAUUCAAAUCACCUCCUUCGCCGCUGUUGUUCUGGUAUGCUGAUGAAGUGAACUUCAUGGACCGAGCCAUCAAAGAGGAUUCCCUAGUGGUGUUGCGCGAGGAAGCAUUGGCCCGGAGAGAGGAUAUUCGCCGCCGUCUUAACAGUCGAUGCAAAGGCUUGCUCGAGAUCCACGACGCUACAGCCGCUUCAUCUCGUCCCUUUAACCCGCAUUUUGGGGCCCAUGUUGACUAUCUUCACAAGACCGUAUACGAAUUUAUUUCAAGGGAAAAAACUCAACAGAAGUUUCAAAGUUAUUUGAAAACACCGUAUGAUGCCCAUCUUAGAAUCGCUGCAGCGUAUGCUACAGUGACCAAAGGUCUUAUGAAUCAGGCUGAUUGGCGAUCUAGACUCCCGUCAAAAGAUGUUGUGUCUGGCAAGUUUGAUGUCGGUGGUUGA